CGUUAGUCUUAAAUCGGUUCUCGAGAUGAGAACGGGCCGAAUGUUUUGGUUAUUUGUUUGGAGUUUCAUCGCCGCCUCGGUGUUGGGCCAGGAUGCAUCUCCUUACGGGGACAUUUUGGCACGGUUGGCCAUCGAAAGCAAAAUCCCGAUCGCCGAUAAAGAGUACGAUUUCGUGAUCGUGGGUGGAUCAGCCUCGGCAUCGGUUCUUGCCAAUAAGCUUUCGGAGAACCCGGAAUGGAGUAUUUUGCUGCUGGCCAACGGAAAGAUUGUCGAAAGUAGCGAGGAUGUCCCCCGGAACGGGAUUCUUUCCUCGAAUGGCCAGUUUGCUGCCUACGAGUUCAGUCCACCGAAUGACUACUCCUGUCAAGCUAUGAUCAACAAACAGUGCAAACUGAUUCGUGGCGUAUCGCUUGGCGAGGACUCGAACAUCGACAACAUGAUCUACUCGGUCGGCAACAAGGAUGAUUACGACCGUUGGAAGUGGGCAGUCGACAGCAAAUCAUGGGGAUACGAACGGGUCCUACCUUGCUUCCGAGAAUUGGAAAGGGCCAACCUGACAGAAGUUUUCGACGAAUCCUACCAUGGUUAUGAAGGUCAGCUGCACGUGUCGCACGUUCCGUACGCAUCUCCGGUACGCGAACUCUGUUUUGCUGCAAAUGCAGACGUCGGAUAUUCAAAAAUUGAUUAUAACGGUGAAUCUCAAAUUGGAUUUUCUCCAGUACAAGCGAUGUUGAAUGAAGGACGACGAGAUUCGGCCUAUCACGCGUUCCUGGAACCGAUUGCGCUGAGUAGACCUAACUUGGACAUUAUUCUUAGCACAUCGGUCAGUAAAAUCAUCACUGAACAUGAGUCGAACAGAGCUGUCGGUGUUAAAUAUAUCUACCGGGGUCAAGAAUACGUUGCGAAAGCUAGCAAAGAAGUGUUGCUUGCUGCAGGUGGAAUGAUUUCACCCAAACUGCUUUUGCUAUCAGGUAUCGGCCCCCGGAAACAUCUCAAGAAGAUGGGCAUCAAAUGUCGGGUAGAUCUGCCAGUCGGUAAAAACUUCAUCGAUCAACCUGUGUUCACUGGAAUAUCGAUUGUUGUGAAUGCUUCCUGUCUUCCGGAAGCUUUUUUGGAACCACUCAGUUCAUGUGACUUCGAUGAUUACAAGCGAGGACAAGGCAGAUUAACUAUUCCAUUCGGCUAUGAAACUAUCGUAUUCUCCAACCACCAUAGAGACAAGAAAAGGGAAUGUCCAAGCCUAGCCUUUUUACAGGGCGUGGGAGGUCUGAAGCCUGUUUUCGAUAAUGCUCAAAAAUUGAAAAUGUACAACAUUGCACCUGGUUCAGUUCAAUUUGAUCCCGAAAUAUUGGAAGGAAACUACUUUAUUGAUAUGUCUCUUAUGCUGCUGCAUCCAGAAUCCCGUGGCUAUCUCAAGCUCAAAUCAGCGGAUUACUUGGAUAAACUCUUGGUUGACCCUCGAUAUCUGAACGAGGACGAAGAUGUCGAACAUCUACUACAUGGCAUAAAAGAAAUUAAACGAAAAAUGAAGUCACCCCUAAUGAGCCAAUGCGAUGCUCGUUUGCUUCCCGUGUACCCGCCAGAUUGUCCGAAGGAAAACUUCGAAUUCGAUAGCAAAGAUUACUGGCGCUGCCUGAUACGAUCGUUAUCAGUUCCAGCUCGCAAUUUCUUCGGUGCUUGUAGAAUGGGACCGAAGGAAGAUCCGAAAGCGGUCGUUAAUCGCAAACUCAAAGUGUACGGUGUUCGCCAGCUUCGAGUGGUUGAUGAAAGCGUGAUUCCGGUUUCGCUAUCGGGAUUCAACUAUGCUGCCCGAUACAUGAUCGGCUUGAAGGCAUCCGGUUUCAUCAAGAAACGAUACGCCAAUCCAGAGGGAAAUAAAAGAACCGUCCAGGGAGAGAUAGUGGAUGAGGAUGACGAUGACGAGGAGGACGCGGCAGAUUUUAGUUAAAACGUUAUAGAAGAAUGUACGUUUUAUUUGACUAAAACAAUAAUAUCACCGAUUUUUGGUACCUUGAAUAAAAAUUUC